UGGGAGACCAGUUUGCAUGCUGUACUGACUCAGGGGAGGCAGCGCCCUUAACCGGCGGGCACACGCACCUGAGACUGCGCGCACACUUUGAAAUUCCUGAGAGUUCACGCGCAGCACGAAUCACGCCUAAAAAUCAACGCUCGUGUAAACUCGGAAGUGUCCAUACGUGGGUUGACAAUCACAUGCACAUCAUGAAAUUUGUGAAACGUGUUAUAAGCACACUAUAAGUAAGAAGGGAAACAUAAUAACACUGCAUUUGCUACAUGUCCACGAUAAAUCUUAAAUCUCAUGUUGAGUGCAGUGACGCCGUGAUUGCCCUCCCGAAGGAAACCGGAGAGAAAAAAAUAACAUAAUCCGGAAGUUUACCGACACCUGCGACCACGAUCGCCUUAACAUGGAAAGUUGUCUCGCAUCACGGGAACUAUAAGCACUUAUAGCAUCGCGGAAACAUUGACAGCACCUCAAGAAGCUGUGCAUAUGUGACAGGGUUCGGAGAUGACAUCUCCAUGGUGCGUGCUUGGAAACAAGAUCACUGCUCUUGGACGCGCCGACCUAUUCAAACAUACACACAUGCCGCGCUCCGGCCUACUCUGUGUAGUGCUCUUCCCUGAUGGCACAACCCAAAAUUUUACUGUCAAUAAACAUGAUGCUGGUCAUCUGCUGUCCGACUUGGCCUGUGAACACCUCAACAUAGUGGAAAAACAGUACUUCAGCCUGCAGAUCAGCGAGGACACAUCCAGCUCUCCGAGGUGGCUGGACCCUAACAAGCCCUUUAAGAAACAGCUGAAGGGUUCCGCUCCGUUCUUUUUAAUAUUUAGAGUGCGGUUCUUCAUCUCUGACCCAAACUCCCUCCAGCACGAGCAGACCAGGCAUUUUUAUUUCUUGCAAAUUAAGAAGGACAUUUGUGAGGGGAGAUUAAAGUGUCCUUUAAGCUCAGCCGUGGUACUGGCUUCUUACUCUGUUCAGUCUGAGCUUGGAGACUAUGUCCCUGAAACUCCUUCAGGAUACCUCAGUCAGACUCAUUUUCUUCCUGACCAAGACCAAGAGUUCCUUCUGAAAGUAGAGUCGCUGCAUCCACAGCACAAAGGUUUGUCUCAGAGUGAAGCUGAGCUUUGCUAUUUGAAUACAGCGAGAACAUUAGACCUGUAUGGAGUGGAGCUACAUCAUGCUCAGGAUGUUAACAACCCCGCCCUCUGGGUGGGCAUUACAUCUGGGGGCGUGGCUUUGUUUUGCCAUUUAAUUUGCUCCAGUUUUUUCCCCUGGAUUAACAUCAUCAAGAUUUCAUUCAAAAGAAAACGUUUCUUUGUCCACCUACGCCGGAAACAUGGCGAGUUGGGUCACCAUGUGGUUUCUCUCUCCAUGCCAAGUUCACGUGCCUGUAAAAAUCUAUGGAAAUCCUGUGUGGACCACCAUACAUUCUACAACAGAAAACCCUCUCACUCGGCUUCAAAACUUAGCUCUAUCCCACUGUACCGAAAGCUGAUUGGUGAGAAAAUGUUGAACCCUGUGGUGAGGUCCAUCUCAGUGGAACAACUAGAGACAAAGAGUCUACCCUCACGGUCACCACCCAACACGCCCAACUGGCGGAGUCCUCGUUUACGUCAUGACUUCCGUAAGCCACGCCCAUCGUCUGUGGACAACCUGACCAAUGAAAUGAGCUAUGUGACUGAGAGUGAAGAUGUCUUCUAUACUUACAGGAAACCUCAGGAAGAGGGGCGGACAAGUGGUAGUUGGUCUCAUAGUGAUGAUAUGAACACCGAAGAGGAUGAUUUGCACAUUUGGGAUAAGAGUGUGACAGCUGAUGGAGAUCUGCUACUUGUGAGGAUCAGCCCAGACCAAGAUGGGAAGUUUGGCUUCAAUGUUAAAGGAGGCGUGGAUCAGAAGAUGCCCCUGGCCAUCUCUCAUGUUAACCCUGCAUCUCCGGCCAGUUGCUGUGUGCCUCCGCUGAUGGAGGGCGAUCAGGUGCUGUUGAUAAAUGGGCGGGACAUUUCAGAACACACACAUCAGCAGGUAGUCAUGUUUAUCAAAGCAAGCCGAGAGUCACACAGCAAGGAACUUGCAUUGCUUGUGCGCCGCAAAGGUGUCUCUUUGCGAGUCGAACCCACACUACAGUUAGGUGAGGGUCUCACUCUACCAGGUGAAAUAUCCCCAUUGUCCACUCAGCCAUCUGGAGAGACGCUAGAGGAGUCCAUGACCCGUCUGGAGAGGGGAUUGGUCACCGGCACAUUGCUUCUGCACUUUGAGAAGUUGUACAGGAAGAAAGAAGGCAUGGCAAUGUGUUGUGCAAAACAGUCCGAGAAUAUGGACAAGAAUCGGUACAAAGAUGUAUUACCAUAUGACAUCAGCAGAGUGGUACUGCAAGAAGAGGGGGAUGAUUACAUCAACGCCAGUCACGUGAAGACUGAGCCAGCAGGUUGUGUUUUAUGGUACAUCGCAGCUCAGGGUCCACUGCCGCACACCUGUACACACUUCUGGAGGAGCGUGUGGGAGCAGAACGUCAGUGUUAUUGUCAUGCUCACCACACUGACCGAGAGAGGACGGACCAAGUGCCACCAAUACUGGCCGCAUCCCCCUGAAGUGAGGGAUUAUGGGUAUCUUCAGGUGUGCUGUCACUCAGAGGAGUGUAACCUGGCAUACGUAACUCGAGAACUAACACUCACAAAUACUCAGACAGGACAGCAGCGCUCGAUCACUCAUUUGCAGUAUGUCGCCUGGCCAGAUCAUGGGGUACCAGAAGAUUCCUCAGACUUCCUGGAUUUUGUCCAGUCAAUGAGAAGUAUGAGAAAGGAGUCUGUGCCUCUCAUGGUCCACUGCAGUGCUGGGAUCGGGCGGACGGGUGUGUUGAUCACCAUGGAGACCGCCAUGACACUGAUAGAGAAGGAAAAGCCAGUGUAUCCCCUAGAGAUCAUUACCUUGAUGAGAGAACAAAGGGCCAUGAUGGUUCAGACAUCGUGCCAGUUCACCUUUGUGUGUGAGGCCAUUCUGAGGGUGUACAGAGAGAGAAUGAAAAAGAGCUCAACACCUAACAGUUGAUAAGAAGAGAGGGACUGGAGGGAAGUGUUCGAAAACACACAAGUGAAGGAAAAAGCUGUGAUCCGACUGUCAAUAAAGAUGGAUGAAAAAGGGGCAGGAAGUAGACUGUGUGUCUGGAUAAAGAUGGAUGGACAAUCUCUUCUCUUGCUGUGGCUCUCCUGACAGCUGUGCGGAUCAAGGAAGAACAUAAAGCACUUUGACACGUAUAAGCUUAUAGGGCCCUACAGCACACAUACUCUCACUUUCUCUGUCCCACACACACCCCAAGUGCUAUAUUCAGGUUAAUCUCACAAAAUCUGUCAAGAAAUGUUCAGGCCACAUUUCACCCUAAACUUAAGAGGAAAAACUAUGUAACUCAUAUUUUUGCAUAUAAUAAAAAUGUAAAAGUAGUUCUAAAAAUCUACGUUUAGAACAUUUAAAGUUUUUGUCUUUUUUGGAAAUAAUACCCUAUUUUAAGA